AUGGAGUCUAAAGAAGCAGCAAGUGUGAUUUUACAGUUAAUGGGUCUUGAUAAAGUGCCUGCCCAACAUCCUGUCAGAGAUAUACAGAAAGUGCUCUCUGAGAACUACCUGCAGAAAGUUGCUUCCAUUGGUGUCAGAAAGAAGCGUUCAUCUCGUCAGCAUGAUUAUUUUGGAAUGAAUACUAAUGAAAAGGAUGAAUCUGAAGAUGUUUUAAAAGUGGUCAAAGCACUCAGGCGAGGUAAGCAUCAUAACCCAUCAAAAGGAAAUGGGAAAGAGAAUCCUAGUUCUAGCCAAAAUUCUCAUUUGGCUCAUGGGAUGCUCCGAGAGAUAUUUUAUCCUGAAAGCAUGAACGUCUAUCAUGAAAUGCGAGAUAGGAAGAAAAUAUCCUAUCACAUGAAUUUUGGUAAGCCAAGUUCAAGAUGUUUUAGUAAAAUUUCAGAGCAGAUUUCUAUGCAAUCUGGAAAUGUUACAAAUAGGGUCUUAGAUACUGCUUCAAAUUCAUUUUUCAAAGGAAAUGAAGUAUUUGCCAAUAUGCUGAAGCCUGCUUCAAAUAUUUCAGCUAAUGAGAUCCAAUGCAAUUCCCCAAUCUUCUGUUCAGAUGGUCCGUAUAUAGGCUCUCAAGCCAGGAGGAAAACUUUGGAACAGAGGGAUAUCACUGAAAAGGUUCAUGAACUUGGACGGUGUGGUCAAGACUGUACAUAUAAUCAAUGGGCUAUGAUUUCUGAACAUGGAAAUGGAGCAAGAAACUUGACUCAUCGAAGUGGAUACAGUAAUGAUAGAAUUAAAACGAGAUGUAAGGCUGGUGUUAAUUAUAGCUUUGCUAGAAGAAUCCCAAGACCUCUCUGUGCAGCUUCUGUUAUUGCUGAUGAUUGUGGAACUAUAAAUCAGGAUAUCUUGUUUCAGAGAUAUUGGGGUUUGAGAAAAAAUGCAUAUGGAAUUUGGUCAUCAUGGAAGUCAAAGAAUCAAAAUAUUGACCAGAAAAUAUGUUUGGAAAAUGUGAACCUCAGUUGUGACGGUGAGAAAUUCCCUUCUAGUGAUCAUACCGAAGAGAAUUGUAUUGGUCAUAAGUCGGAAAAGGGAUGCUACGAGAACAUUUUGUUUGAUAAGAUAACUAUGCCUCCUCAAUUGACAAGUGCUAGUCCUUCUCCCACCUUUAUGGACAGACAGAUGUUACAAGAGAGAUGCUUAAUGAAUGAAGAGGUGAUGAACAAAAUGAAUGAAGAGAAUAAUUUGUGUAAGCAAAAUGUUGUGUGUCCUGAUUCAUCAGUUGAAUUCUUGGUAUCUGAUGCAACAGCUGAGGUUGUUGACAGGACACAUAGUCCAACUAAACAUCAAUCUGAAUCAACAACAGCCUUCAUUUUUUCACAAGAAAUUGAUUGUUUGAAUCAUACUUCAUAUGCUUCAAAGCAACAGGAUAGAUCAGAUUUUCAAGAAGAUUCUGUUCAUUCUCUUUGCUCCGAGGUUGACCCAGAUUUCUUUGGUAGUUUUGAGGAGUCACAUGAACCUAAUCCAAUUUCUGUUUUGGAUCACUUAUUUGGAGAAGACAUUCAAUCGGACUACGAAAGUGACGAUCAUGUGUAUGAUUCCUCUGAAGUGGAGGAUGAAGCAUUUGGUUUGAAUGUUUCAAGUGAUGAAGAUUGUGAGAGUGAAUAUGCACAUAACUCUGAAGGAAAGAAAGACACACCAGAAUUGUAUCGAGCUGAAGAAAGUAGGGAUUUCUCGUAUGUUGUUGAGGUCUUAACAGAGGCUGGUAUAAGUAAUAGGAGCUUGUUUACAGACUUUUCUACAUGGCACUCUUCAGAAUGUCCAAUGAACCCUUCUGUCUUUGAAAUCCUGGAAAAGAAAUUUGGUGAGCAGCAAAUUUGGAAGAGAUCUCAAAGGAAACUGCUCUUUGAUCGCAUUAACAUAGGGCUGUCACAAAUUCUCGAGCCAUAUUUGUACAUUCCUACGUGGGAAAAGUCCAUCUCAAGAAGGUUGAAUGCUGAACCAAGCCAGGACAUGAUUGAAGAGGAAAUGUGGGCGUUGCUUGCUGCAGAAGAAGAGAAAUCUAGUAAUGAGUUUGCAGACAAUAUGGUUGGAGGGGAAAUUAGGUGGAUAGAACUUGUUCAAGAGGUUGAAGAUAUUGUUACAGAGAUAGUUAAGUUGUUAACGGAGGAGCUUGCAAAUGAGAUAGUUUAG